AUGUUCAACCGCAACCUCCCAGGCCCAGGCAGUCGCGAUCCAAUCGUGAUCGACGACGAAAGCGAAGACGAAGACAUGAACGUCGAUUACUCCGGACGCCAAAAUCAUCCACGUGGGAUCGACCCAAGAUAUGACUCCGAUCGUCUGCGCGGCCCACUAACAACCUACCACACGACCAUCGAACAGGAGAAGAAAGUGCGCAGUCGUCUCCGCGAGGAAAGACAUGCCGCGCUUUGUGUCCUGAUGGACCGCGAACUUCUCACUAUGCAAGCGUUGGCUGCUCAAGAGACCCUCCCACAAGCGCGCCGUCGCUUCCUAUCUAAACUCAUCGCUCCGGAGGACCCCGAGGUAGCAGCUUCUAUUCGCAAUGACCUCUUCAUUGUCCAGAAUCAUUAUUCUCCGUCUCCAAGUAAUCCACCUCUAGUCGUGCAUCGGAAUGUUGUUGAUGUCCACGAAACUGAUGAUGCGGGGUGGCGACGGCCCGCCGAUGCCGGUGGGUCGUCGUCGGCGUUCUCGUCGCCUGCUUCGUCGUCGAAGAAUAAGGGGCGGUUGUCGACGCCCGAUAGGACGAGAGGGAAGGGGAAGGCGUCGCCUGCGUCUAGCUCUGUUUCUGGGUCGGCGGGUCGCGGGCACCAGUUGCGAGAGAGGGAGAGGAGGAGGAGAUGGAGUGGUGCCGAGAGGGAGGAUUAUGGGAUUUCGUCGCCUUGA